AUUUUGACUCGUUACUCUUUAAAACGGGAUUCGUCAAAAAUCCUAACCAGAUCAAUGAUAAUAUCCUGUGGAAAAACCAACUGCAACGCAUUGCUUGCUGCUCUAAUAAGAGGUCAUUGCAAUUUGGUGGAAAUGGCGUCUGUAGUCAUAUGGUCGUAAAACGCGAGACACCCGCAUAAAUGAAUACAUAACCAAAGUCGAGAUUCCCCCACACCUCGAACCUCGUGUAUUACAGUGUAAUGCGCCAGUCAGCUGGUGGUUCUGUACAAGUUUAGAGUUCCUCGGCACAGUGAAUUAGAAUUAUAAGAAAUGUUUAUAGUUGGUUUAACAGGAGGCAUAGCCACAGGGAAAAGUACGGUGGCCGCUAUAUUCCGAGAAUAUAAUAUACCCGUCAUUGAUGCCGACCAAAUUGCGAGAAAAGUUGUCGAACCAGGGAGACGAGCAUGGCACAAGAUUCGAAAAGAAUUCGGUCCUGAAGUAUUCUAUGAGUCUGGACAGCUCGAUAGAACCAAAUUGGGUGAUUUGAUAUUCAACGAUGUCGAAUUAAGAAAGAAAUUAAAUGCCAUAACACAUCCAGAUAUCUACAGAGAAAUGUGCUGGGAAGCUUUAAAAUGUUUACUGCGUGGUUAUCCAUUCAUAGUGAUGGAUUUACCAUUGCUAUUUGAGACGGGUCACAUGCUCAAUUAUCUGCACAAAAUAAUAGUAGUCACAUGCGAGGAAGAUCUUCAGCUACAGCGUUUAAUGGAACGGUCAGGCUUCACGGAAGCCAAAGCAAAGCUACGAAUCGAGGCUCAAAUGUCCUUAGAUAAAAAGGCAGAGAUGUCGAAUUUCGUUAUUGAGAAUUCAGGCAGCGACAGGGAUACCAGGGAACAAGUUAUCAAAAUAAUAAAUGUUUUAAAAUGUUCCAAACACCACUGGAAACUCAGGUUUAUUGCAGGAAUUUGCUGUACCAUGUUCUUGGCUGGUGCUUAUUGGAUCAAAACAAAAUCAAAUAAGCCAUUGGCUGUAUUGUGAUGAGCGUCUAGUAACUACGUUUGUUUUAAUCCAAGCAUACGAACUUUAAUAAGUGUUAAUAGGCGAAUCUGGUAGUUGACAACACAAAUAUGCUCUACUAUUAAUUACAGUUGUCAAAAAGCCGCAAUCAAUAGUAAAAUACCAAUCCGCGUCUAUGGUAAAAAAGUAUAUUUCAAGUACUAGCACAUCACACAAUAAGUUUUCAGCAUAAAUGUUUACAAUAUAUCACGGCACGUGCAUCCAUCUCAUAAUUAUUGAUAUGUUUCCUGGUAAACUUUUUGGCUAGCAUAAUAUGACCAAAUCGACAGAGGUGGAAUGGUCAGGAUGUUUAAACGACGUGCUGCUUGUUUGUAAAUACAAUUUAUUUAUUGAAAAUCAAUUUGACUCGGUGAGAGGGAAUAUUGGUUGUAUUGAUACAUUAUUAAUAGCUAAUAGUUUCGUAUGUGAUUUAGUAUUCGGUUGUAUUUUAUAUAGAUAUUGGUUGCCAAAAUAUGUACAUCGUAUACAUAACUAAUAAGCCCAUUCCAAUAUUCAUCCACACUGUAUGUAUAUUAAUUAUACAAGUAUAUCCAAUGUAAAUUCCUACGGUUAAAAGAAAA